GCGGAAACCGUCGUCGUGUCGUCUCCUCGAAGAUUCCUGAAGCUCUACUCAGGCUGUAGGAUCUGGUUUUUGACGUCCUGAGACAAGUCAAUGCAGUCAGGGGGAAGAGAGAGCAGCAGGAUGUACACUCACUGAGCCAGCAAUCAAGCAACACACACAAAUACAUCUUGGACAGCUCAGACUUACUACAAAAGAUCACGGUGGUUUGAUUCCCCAACCUCACCUACAGACACCAUGACGUCCUCUAUGCUCCGCCGACAGCUGAAGAACCUAGUCCAGAACUACUCUGAGGCUGAGGUCAAGGUGAGAGAGGCGACAUCUAAUGACCCAUGGGGCCCAUCAAGCACUCAGAUGGCUGACCUCUCUGAUCUGACUUACAAUGUGGUGGCCUGCAACGAGAUCAUGACGAUGCUCUGGAAGCGCCUGAAAGACGACAAGAACUGGAGACACAUCCACAAGUCCCUGACACUGCUGGAGUACCUGUUAAAGACCGGUGACGACCGUGUGCUUCUGAAAAUGAAAGACAACAUCUACAUCGUCAAAGCCCUCACAGAGUAUCGCUUUAUAGAAAAGGAUGGCAAAGAUCAGGGUGGUAAUGUGAGGGAGAAGGCCAAAGUUGUCCUUGUUCUUAUGGAGGACGAUGAUAAACUAAAGGAGGAGAGAGACUUUGCCGUCAAGACCAGAGAGAAGACGUCAAAAGGUUCUGCUGCCUCAUCCACGGACAUCGUCAAGGAUCCCAACUACAUGCCAUGCUACGUUGCCGGGUCCUCAGGGCUCCCAUCCUUAGACAACAUACCAUCAGUUGCCGACUUGACUGCUUCCUUUGCUGCUCGCAAAGAGGAGCGUCUUAAACAGGAAGCUGAGAAGAUAGAAAUAAAUAGGAGGGCCAAGAUGAGUGAUGACGAGCUGAAAUGGGAAGAUGCCGGCAAAGGCAAUGGUUUUAAAGGAGGUGCUUGGGGAGGAGAGAAAGCAGAGGAAAAGGAGGAGGAAGAGGAGAAAGAAGAGGAGGAGGAGGAGGAGGAUGUGAAACCAGACCCAUGGGGAGCCUCCAAAGAACCUAAAGAGGCCACAGAUCCAUGGGGCACACCCGCAAAACCUGACACAACUGACACAGAAGCCAGCAGUGAUCCUUGGGGGGCUCCAGCUAAAACUGAUGAAGAUCCAUUUUCAGCGCCAAAAACGGAUGAAGAUUCAUUUACUGCGCCAAAGAAUGGAGAAGUUCCUUUUGCAGCCAAAAAAGGUGAAACAGAUCCAUUUAAUGCAUCAGAAGACGACCCGUUCAACAAACCAAAAGAUAGAUCAGACCCCUUCAACGCACCCAAAGACAAGGGAGAUCCAUUUGCUGCUCCAAAAGAAAAAACAGAUACAUCUGAUCCGUUCAACACCCCAAAAGAUGAUCCAUUCAAUGCCCCAAAAGAUGAUCCAUUCAAUGCCCCAAAAGCUGAUCCAUUCAAUGCCCCAAAAGGUGAUCCAUUCAAUGCCCCAAAAGGCUGAUCCAUUCAAUGCCCCAAAAGAUGAUCCAUUCAAUGCCCCAAAAGGUGAUCCAUUCAAUGCCCCAAAAGAUGAUCCCUUCAAUGCUCCAAAAGAUGAUCCAUUCAAUGCUCCAAAAGAUGAUCCGUUCAAUGC